GUUCAGCUUCCACUCUACUCCUUGUUAAAAGGGAGUUCAAGAAAAAAACUAGUACCAAUCGAGCUUCAGUCAUGUCUAGCCGAAGAUCAAGAAACUUCACAAAUGAAGAGAUUAAAGAUCUGGUUUUGAAACUACAAUCAUUGCUUCCACAACCUAAUCAAAGGCUCAACCAAACGCUAUCAGCAUCUAUGGUUUUAAAUGAAACCUGCACUUACAUCAAGAGGUUACAAAAAGAGGCUGAUGAACUGAGUGAAAGACUCUCUCAACUGCUGGAUUCUGUGGACACCACUGGUGUUGACGUAGAACUUAUUAGAACACUAUUGCAACAAUAAAAGCAUCUCUCUCUCUCUCUCUCUCUCAUGUAAUUUUGAAUAAAUAAAUAUGUAUGUUCGAUGUUUUUGUUUA